AUGGAUAAACAUCCAACCGUUCAUGUAUCAUUGGAUUUAAGGCGAAAGAAACGCUGUUCUUAUGCUCAAUCUAUUCAUACUAAUCAACGACAACAACAAAAACAAUAUAGAUCUAGUACAAUUAACUCAUCAUCUCGAAUUAGUCCGUUGGAUAUAUCAAUGACAACACCUAAAAAUCUAUCGAUGACAAGUAAUACAAUUAAAUCACAACAAACAUUUCAAACGUCAUUGUUUUCUUUCGACAUUGGAUUAUCAACAAAAACUACUUUCAAAAAUUUAAGAACAGAGAAUAUUGAAAAAAAGAAGGUAUAUCCAAAUAAAUGGCUUAUAACUGUUAUUGUCAUUAUCAUCCUCUUUGUAUUGAGUAUACUUGCAACUAGUAUUUAUCUUAUUAUUCAUUUCACAAGUAAAACAGCAACUACAACACCAAUUCUUACACCCUUUCUUCGUUGGAAUUCCACUGGUUUAACUGUAGCUGGUGUAGGAGGUUUAUCAGGUUCGACGCCUGAUAAACUUAAUGCUCCUAUUGAUCUUGCAGUGGAUUUUUCCAAUACACUCUAUAUUGCUGAUUUCAAUAACAAUCGAAUCCAACAAUGGCUGACCGGAGCAUCUAAUGGUACAACUGUUGCUGGUCAAGCAAAUGGGGCUCAUGGUACAGGUGCAGCUUAUCUAAAUGCUCCCGCUGGUGUAAUUAUUGAUUCAAAUAAUAAUAUUUAUGUAUCUGAUUCAAUUAAUGCUCGAAUCCAAAAAUGGACUAAUGGUGCAACAACAGGAACUCAAAUCGCUGGCACCGGUUCAUCAGGUUCAGCAUACAAUCAAUUUCAUACUCCAUACUUCAUUUCACAGGACAUCAAUACGAAUACACUUUACAUCGCCGACUACAACAAUCAUCGUGUUAUGAGCUAUGCAUCGGGUGCAUCGAAUGGGACUUUGGUCAUUGGAGGACAAGGACCAGGGAUAAAUAGCACACAACUGUAUUAUCCUGUUGGAAUUCAUUUUGAUUCAGUAUCAAACAGUCUUCUUAUUGCUAAUUAUGGUGGUCAGCAUAUUGUUCGUUGGACAUUAGGCGAGAAUAAUUGGACCUUGGUUGCAGGAACUCCUGGAAUAGUUGGCAGUUCAUCAACACAUCUCAGUUAUCCAACAGGCGUUACACUCGAUCCGAUGGGUAAUAUGUAUGUAGCUGAUACUGGAAAUCAUCGUAUACAACUUUUUUUAGCUGGACAAACAAAUGGAACAACAAUUGCAGGCAUUACUGGACUUGGAGGUUCGAAUUCUACUCAACUCAAUUUCCCUUAUUCUAUAAGAUUUGAUAAUCAACUCAAUUUAUGGGUAGCAGACACGAUGAAUCAUCGAAUACAAAAAUUUUUACGAUAUUGA